CAGGAAGUCACUUUUGUUCAUAGAUACUCUGGAUAUUCUUUGACAAGAGACGCUUGUCUAAUUUCUACGGCGUAUAUAGGGAUGACAAGCAUCUUUCUUUAUCUUGCAGCUCAGGUGCCGUCUACAGAUGUUGAUAAACACCAAGUACGUUUGGGUUCCGUGAUGUUUCUCGUGGGUGAGUGUACGAACUUUUACCACCAUAGUAUCUUGUCAAACUUAAGAACAAAAGGUGAUACGACGUACAAGAUUCCGGAGCAUGGAUUGUUUAGUUUUACAUGGUGUCCCCACUAU